AUGCGGACUCUGCGGGCCGUCGUCAAUACCGUGACCGUCGCCGCCGCCGCCGCCGCGGUGCUUCUCCUACUUUCGUUCACCGUUGCUGUUGAAGCGGCUGCAAUUGUACCACGAAAAAUGGCUUUAGUACGUCGGGCAACAGCAAGGGUUACGACUUGCCAUGGUACAGGUCAAUACCCUCUACCUCAAAAAAACGUCUGCAAGCCUUGCUCGUGGAAGUUUCCCGGCGCUUCGGUCUGUUCGGCUACGGCCGCGCUGCGAUGGUGAGUGGGUCGACGCCAGGAAUUUGAAUACCGCGGUCGGAGCUACGACGAUGCUCAAAAUCAUCCGUUGAAACUGCUUGUGUGACGUUUACAGUGCGACUGGAUAUCUCUCGAAUGGUCUUUGUGCGUAUGCUGAAUCCCAUGGCUGCCUCCUCACUUCGUAUAUGCGCAAGUGUGACUAAUUCAACCUGCUCCUCCGGCCUGCUCAGGCGUGACGAGGUGCCCCGCCAGUACAUUUAUUGGCAACGGAGCCUGUUCGCCGUGCUCAAGCAAAUUCCCUGGGGCCGCAACUUGUGUUGCGAAUGCAGCUACAAAGUGGUGAAUAUGCUUGGGAAGGUAUUCGGUCCCCCAAGAGGCUCAAGCUGACCUAUACAUGUGCCGGCACUUCUGCGCAGCACCAUCGGAUACCUUUCUGGAGGCAAAUGCUCGAGCGUCUGCCCCGCCGGAUUCGUCAACGCUCCCAGCACCCGCACCUGCGUCACUUGUAACCGAUUCGACAAGCUCGCCGUGACCUGUACCGCCGGCAAGAUCGCGACCUGCAACUCGGGAGCAUAUGUGAGUCGCACCCCAUCAGGAGCGCUCGGUGAGCAACUCGUGCUCCCGAAGAUUCACACGAGCGAUACCUGUCUUUGCAGCUCGAUUCCAAACAAAAUUCAUGUGUGCCCUGCAACUCCGUCAGCGACUUUGCUUCCACUUGCUCUAGCGCGACCGUGGUCACCGCAUGCAUUGCACCGUACAUGGUAUCGUCCGACAAGAGGUCCUGUGUCCUCGGGUCAAGUUGGUCCUACUACCUCGCUGCGUCAAUCCCCGAUGUCCCUUAUGAGUCUAACGUUCAAACACCCACCAUCUGUGGACGAAACGCCGUCGGGGAAGGGUCACAAGUUGCCGUGUUUGAUACCAGCUCAUUAACUUGCUUUGCCACUUCGACUUCUGGCGCCUCGCUACUUCCCAACUUGAUCUGGGAUGCCGACUCGACGGUUCUCGUCUAUGGCACGUGCAAAACGAACAACCUCAUCGCUCGCGCGGCGAGGGCGCGCUGUCGCGACGUCACUCUUACCCCAACGUCGUGUACCUUGGCGAGCAGAGCUUCUUGCUCCACUCUUUCGACUCCCUGCUUGGGGUCCCAGUUCCGCAACUUCAGUGAGUUUUUCGGGCAACCUGCUUCCAUGCUCACACACAUUCUCUAACAAAAAUUAUCAACCUGAUGUUCUUCUUUUGCGAUUCAAGACGGGGUAUGUCAAGAAUGCGAUACGGCUUACAGUGAAUCCAGGACCUGCGACCUGUUCGACGGUGCGACGUCCUGUAUCGACGGCACAUUCCUCGUCAAUGGAACAUGCAGCUCGUGCGCCGUUUUCGAUCCGAACGCUUCCGAAUGCUCGAGCAACGGAAACCUCGGAGGCUGCAACGCCGGAUGGGUCCUAUCUAACAAUACCUGCGUCGUUGACACGUCCUCAUCUGGUCAGAAUGCCGAAACAGUGUGGUCGUUCUACUUCAAUUCGACUGUCCAAGGCCUUCCGGUCGUGAGCCGCAACGCAAGCGAUCAGUUCGCUUGUGCCGAUGAUGUGCUUGUUGCCAAUUAUACCUUGGGGGCUUACGACGCCUCAGGCAAGACUUGUUGGGCCAACAAUGCCACCCAUACGCUCACCGGCUCGGAAACGGACUCGGUCGGGGCGAGCGUAUACCUGAUCACACCCUGCGCAACCACCAACCGGACACUGGGUGAGUUCUGGGAGUCCGCGCAAUCCCAUUGGGGCCAGACGCUCACUUCCAUUUUAUGCAUCAUUCCUCAGCUGCUUCAGACACCAACUGCUACAACAUCGUUACUGAUGAUAGUUGAUUACGGCGCUGCCUGCUUCUGACGUUCCCCUGAUGGCGUUCUACAUUUCUCUAACCUUUUCAUCUGCAAUCUCCGUCAGCUCUCGGUCGCACCAAGCGAUACUGUAGCCUUUAA